AUGAAUAGCGUCUUAGAGGAAUGGAAUUUUUCAGAAGAACCUUAUUAAAUCUACAAAUCUAGCUCAAUAAUUAAAACAUUCACUUCUGUUUAACAGUUAAAUUUCAAAUCUUAGUAUUGUAAUUAUCCAAUCCAAAACUCAAGUUCUCCAAAUAUUGAGUAAAAUAUUAUUUAUAUAUGAUAGAUAAUAUGAUAGAACUAUUUAGUACUCAAACAUUAUUGUGGGAACCAAUUUAGGUGAGUAGGAGCAAGAUGAACAACUUUCAAAUGAAGAUAAGAUACUUGAUUGUUAAUAUGAAGAUGCUGAAGUGGAGAAUAAUAACAUUAUUGAUAAUUAAUUUUUGUAAUACUAAAUAUAAUGAGUUUUAAUAAGUUUUAGCUAGAAGGAUGUGGGUUUAACUUCAAUCUUAUUCAUUUAUUAUGGCUCCAAGAUCCAAUUUUCAAAAACAACAUUCGAUUAGACAUUCCAGACACAAUCCAAAUUCUUUAAGGAUAACCUCAUUUUUGGUAUUACAGUGUGGAUUCACAAAUAAUGAGAAAGAGCAAAACAAAACUGAAUUUAGAGUCGAUUUUAAAGGAUUUUGUGAAGGAUAAAAAUGAUAAUCAUGAGAUAUGUGCAGUGUGGAUAACGAAGAAAGACAAUUAAACUGAAUUCGAAUUUCUGUCUUAAUAUCUUCUUUGUGCUUUAAUAUCUCAAAUGAAUUAUGAAACUGAGGGCUAUUUACAGAAAUUCAUAUAUCCAAAAUGUAGAUUUAUAUAUAUUUAUUCAUCUAGCUGAGAAGAACGAAGUUAUAAAAUGUACAUGGGGAAAUAAUUUGUGUUACUUUGAAGUCUUUACGAAUAAAUAUCCGAUAAUGAUGUAGAAAGCAGAUAUUUAUUAAAGAGCCGUGACUUUUGAAACUUAAAAUGGGCCUGUUGAAUAAUCAACGUAUAAAUUUAAUUUCUUAGAUUUUCAGUCUAAAGGGAACAUAAUUUUGUCAAAGAUUAGAAUUGUUAUGUGGAUUAAUCAUGUCUCAUGUUAUAAAUGUUACUUAAAACUAAAAAGAAAUCACAUUGAUGGAAUUGAUAUUUAAAUUAUCAAAAAAGGGAUAAAUCUAUCUCAUAAUAUGUUCAAAUUUAUCAACAUCCAAUGUUCCAACCAAAUUUUCAUUACGUAAUAAAUAUAAUUGAUUCAAAGCCGAUUUUUCAAUUACAAAAAAAGUAACAAAAGAACUUUUGAAUUAUCCAAAAGCAAUAACUUUAUCAGAUAAUUCUAAAUGUAUAGUGUGUGAUGAAGAGAAGAAUCAGAUAGAAUUUUCAAAAGUUAAACUAAAGGAAUUAAUCCAUUACUGGGAAUCUGGAUCUGAUCAUAGAUCAUAAAUUCAAUCUCCAAAAUCUCAUAGAUUGCAUGCUUAAUUGAUUAAAAUAGACCCGACUUAGUUAAUACCAAGAGUGAUCAAAUUGAUGUAUCCUAGAAUGAGUUUAGAAGAAUACUAAGAAUUUAGAAAUAACACAGUCUUCAUAAAUUAGACUAUCUCAUUGUGUAGUUAUUGUUUUACUAAACUUUAUUAAAGUGAAGCCGAGAAGGUCAAAGUAAUACCAAGAAAACACCAUAGAUUAAUAAGAACUGAGAUCUAUGAUAAUGAACCAAUCAAGUACGAACCAAUUACUCCAGGAAAAUCAAAGACAUCUACUUAUUGUAGUUUUUUAGAACAUAAAAUGAUAAAUAGCUAUAUCAAUCGACGACUGAAAUUGUCCACUAUUAAAAAGGAAUCAUUUCCUAUGGUCAAUAACUCGAAUUCCUUAUUUAAAACUACUUAAUCCUCGAGAAUUAAAGUAGACAUAUGA